AUGGCUGAUAUCUUGGCAAUCUCAGCUGCAGUUGUCCAGUUUUUGGACAUUGCAGUCCGAGUCUCUAUGGAGUUGAGCAGCCUUUACUCCGACCUGCGCGAUGUGCCAGGCGAGCUCCGCAGGCUGAAACUCGAUAUCGACCAACAGAUUGCAAUAGCCAAAUACAUACAGUCCAGCCAUGCGACUUUCCAGCGUGAUUCACCAGGAACCUCCACUUCGACAGCACCAAUAAACCAAACAUUAGCUCAUUACAUGCUUGCUAUGGAUGAACUUGCCAGUCUUCUCCAGAGUAUCCGCAGCGAGGAUGGUUCUGGGCCCCUCAGAAGCUGGAAUGCAAUCCGUGCUGUGCACAAGCGCAAGGAUGUUCUGUACGUCGAUAAUUUGAAUAUGGUCGAAUCUCUGACUAAACGUACCAGUGAAUUAUCUUUCCAGAUCAAGACACUCAUAGAAGAGCUUCAAGUCAAUGUGGACAGAACAUUUCAUCUGACACAGAAAGUCGAGGAGACUUCUACGAAAACAGAUCAACAGCUUCGCGAGAUACCUACUUUGACGACGCUUUCAAAUGCAACCAAUGUAGCCAUUUCUGAGCUCACGAGUAAUAUCAAUUCAAGUCAGCAGCAAUUAAUCACGGCUACAACAAGAACUAACGCUCAAGUUGGUACGCUGCUGGAUCAAUGGCAAGAAUUAGCACCCACAUUUCACGAAUUUCGAGAGAUUUUGCAGAAUAACCCUCGUCUCUUGAACUCAGUCUAUCAGCUGGGUGGGUAUAAGUCUGCAGUUGGAGCACAGCCAUGUCGAAGCAGCGUUUAUAACGAUAGGUCACGAGGUGCGACAACUAGCCACUUUAAUGAUUUUACUUGCAGAGAUAUCAGCCAGGCCACGAAUGUGGAACCAUUUUCCUUUCUACAUUUUAGAAAAGUAUUCAGGCGACAGCAUUACCGCCAAUGCUCAAAGUCGAAAACAUCCGAAACAAGUUUGGAGUUCCUUAUGAAAAUAAUCCCACCGACUUGGCUCCUAUCUCAUACAAUUCACCUUGGGUUUUCUUUCCAGUCCUGCAAUUCGCAAAGUUCUUGGAAGAUAUCACCAUUGGUCAUUGGUACUGCUAGGCUAGUGGACUCGAGCAAGUCCCCAGCGUUUCGCGCUAUCCAGGAAACACGGAAACUCAUGUAUUCUGAGACGGGACUCCAACCGGCACAAGCAAGUGCUCUAGAGAGGACGUUGAAAGAUAUGUUUGAGUGCAAGCAGGCUUCAGUCUUUGACGAGGACAGUAAUGGUAACACUUUGCUUUGCGAAACUUUAAUACUUUAUUUUAUAUAUAUGUUGCGAUCGAGUGAUCCAACUGCCACUGAAAUUAUCUCUUUGAUUCGUUUCUUGAUUGAUGGAGGGUCAAAUCCUAACGUUCACCGUCAGGUUGACUAUAAAGAAUGGAUUGUGGGCGAACAGCCAGGCACAGUGCUGGAUAUUUUCGCAAGCAAGCUGUUGCGUCUAGAUCGAAAUUUUAUCAGGAACUGGCCCAUUGAUAAUUCGGUGUAUACAUCUCUUGUCGAAGCCGGUACAAUUUUUUCGCGGCCACUUGGUACUCCCAUAAUCAAAUAUACCGACUUUGGUUUCAUUCACUUUGAACAGGAAAUGGAGGAGCUCCAGACAUUUGAGGAACAAGUGGAUGUGUGUGAUAUGAACGACUUGAUGAUAUCCAUAAUCCGACGAAACGAGGCGGACUUCAUCCGAGCGUUGGGAAAAGAUGACAUAGAUGCAGUCUCUCGUGCGAAUGGUUUGACUUCUAUGCACCUCGCUAUCUACUGGCCAUGGGCCCUGCAGCAGCUCAUUCAGGCAGGCGGUGAUGUUAACUGCGAAGACAACGACCAGCGUCGCCCGAUCCACUUAGCCGUGGGGUGCGGCCAGGCCGAAGCUGUCGAGAUAUUGCUUCAAUGCGAUUGUUCAGUCUCCACGCCAGAAUACUCCAAUAGCCUGCUCCAGGAAUCUUUGACUCGGGGUCGGGAGUUUGACCACGUCUCUAGUUUGAUUAUUGAUGCAUUGAUCGACCGACAUGUGCGUCUUCGAGAACUCGGAAUCUUGCUGCUGCCAAAUUACUCGGAUAUAAGCAGAGAGACCAUUUCCGAGAUUGAAGCGCCUAAAAUAUACGACGCACUGACGAGAACGAAACAUAGGAUUCCGCAAUCUCUGCAAGUCGACCGUGACGAAAAAGGUGUAUAUGACACUGCAGAUAUGGACGGGUUAAUACGACUCACUGUCACGCUCGCUGAAAAGCUUUGGAAGGGUGGCUUCCAUCGGAUUGAUGAUUUUGCCCCUUUAAACGGCUUGACACCACUUUUGCAAAGCCGGUACAUUGCAGAUUUUGACAUGGUGUCUUGGUUCAUCGAGAAAGGUUCGUCUCCAUUUACGACACAUCGUGAUGGCUUACAUUCCGGUCUGCAUCUCUAUGCUGCUAGGAUAGCCCAUACGGGUGCACAUUUAAAGGACCCCAGGAACGUUCCAUUCAGUCCACAACACUGGCACCAACUAACGCGGCGUGAAGAUAUGUGGCGGGAUUCAUGCCGUUGUUUAUGCUCCACCAAUGGGUGCACUCCGAUUUCAGUGGUUAUAAAAAUGUCAGGGACCUUUAGUCUCAUGAUGCAGCACAAAAACUACGCUGGCAUGGUGGAGUUCUUGGGCAUUUGUCAAGAAAAAAUGAUUUAUCAGCCUGAGAUGGAUCCUUGUCAUACUCAACAGCUUCUCGAGGCUAUCGUGUUUGAGAAAAUGAAUCUUCAGCAUACAUGCUGUUAUGUUGGACCGUUGGGGGAGCUAGGCCCCUGGCCACCGUACUUCAAUGAAGGGAAGAGAAUUUUCAGAGAUGAUGUAAAGGCUGAAUUUCGUCAAGCUUUGGACAGAUAUGCCGCCAAAAUUCUCGAAUGCCAAUGCCCAAUCGCGGAAAAACCUAUAUGUGUUGUGUUGCAUGACACAUGUGGUAGUCUCACAUGA